AUGUUCUUUACAGGAAAAAACAAUUGGUCGAGACGGUUUUGUUCGAAGUUCGAUGCCAAUAAAUCAACAAAAGGAGCCAGCAAAUUGAGGAGGGAUCUAAUUAAUGCAGAAAUAGCAAAUUUACGUGAAUUAUUGCCAUUACCGCCAUCGACGAGGCAACGACUUUCUCAACUACAACUUAUGGCACUUGUGUGUGUUUACGUCAGAAAGGCUAAUUAUUUUCAACAAGCUGAAUUUAACAAUAUGAGUGGAGCUAACCAACAACCGCCGAAUUCACCACGCCCUCAACAAAAUGAAGGGGCAGACAUUCCGGUAAUUCCUCCAGGGGAAAAUCCAGUUGCUCAAAUGCAAAUUCCAGUUCCCGAAGAACAAAAUCCAGUUAUUCCCGAACAAAUGGUGAUACCUCAGCAAAAUCCAGUUGUUCAACAACCAAGACGAGUUAUUGCUCAGCAACCAAGACCAGUUAUUGGUCAGCAACCAAGACCAGUUAUUGGUCAGCAACCAAGACCAGUUCGGCAUAAUCCAGUUCGUUUUCCUCGACUUCCCAAUCCUCAUUAUCGUUUAAGAAAUGGGUAUAGAAUCCAUCCACAAAUUUUUGCCCUUCAAGAUGCAGUUCGUAUGGGAGAGGCCAGCGGCGUUCGCCCUCGUUUACCGAGAAGCAAUUUAACAAUGAGAAGCUACAGACCACCAAUGGCAGCAGAAAAUCCAGGAAUCAUCGGAGAUGACCGUAACAACCCCCUGGCUAGAGCAAUCCAUCCACGUAGACAGGAGCAGGCAGCUCCUCUACAACAGGAGCCUAAUCUGGUCAUAGUGGAAUCCGAUUCAAGCGAUGAGGAUUAA